AUUUAGAACAAUCGGUCUCUCUCUCUUUCUCUCGUUAAUUAGGUUAUCGAUCUCAUGGCCGGCGCCGGAAUCCACCCUUACCACCAGCAAUGGCCGCCGGCAGGGGCACCUCCUCCUCCCGCCGCAGUCUCCUCAGCUGCUCCACCACAUCCCCCGCCCGUUCAUCACCAUCAUCCUCCUCCUCCCCUUUUAGUUGACAACCAUAAUCGUCCUCCUUACGACGAGCUUCGGACAAUCUUCAUCGCAGGUCUUCCCGAUGAUGUAAAAGAGAGAGAGCUUUUGAAUCUCUUGAGAUGGUUGCCUGGUUACGAGGCUUCUCAGGUGAACUUCAAGGGAGAAAAGCCCAUGGGGUUUGCUCUUUUCUCCACAGCUCAGUUUGCAAUGGCAGCCAAAGAUAACCUUCAGCAUCUGGUGUUUGAUGCUGAGACGAAGUCUGUUAUACAUACGGAGAUGGCCAAGAAGAAUCUCUUUGUUAAAAGAGGAAUAGUUGGGGACUCAAAUGCAUAUGAUCAAAGUAAGCGCCUACGAACUGGAGGUGACUGCACACAUUCUGUGUAUAGUCCAUCUCCUUUCCACCCUCCACCUCCUCCAGUAUGGGGACCACCUCAUGGGUAUAUGGCACCUGCACCUCCACCAUAUGAUCCCUAUGCAGGUUAUCAUGCUCCCCCUGUACCAAUGCCUGCGCCCACACCUAUAGCAGCUCCUAGUUCAUAUGUGCCUGUCCAGAAUAUAAAGGAUAAUCCACCUUGCAAUACCCUAUUUAUUGGUAAUCUUGGGGAGAAUAUAAACGAAGAAGAAUUGAGGAGCCUGUUGAGCGCGCAACCUGGUUUCAAACAAAUGAAGAUUCUGAGACAAGAAAGGCAUACAGUCUGCUUUAUUGAAUUUGAGGAUGUCAAUAGUGCCACAAAUGUUCACCAUAAUUUGCAAGGUGCUGUCAUUCCAAGUUCUGGUUCAGUUGGCAUGAGGAUCCAAUAUUCAAAGAAUCCAUAUGGUAAGAGAAAGGAAGGCCCAGGCUAUUCUUUCUUUCCUUCUCCGAAUGCAAAUGGAGCCCAAGGAGCUUUGACAUAUCAGUAGGCCUUGAAGGGGGACGUACUCUUUUCUUUCUCUCCAAACAACAUCUUGCAGGCAGUCCGCAUUGCAUCCAUUUUCAUUAUCGACAUUUUUAAGCAUCAGCAUUGCUUCUUUGUCAUGUGAUGGAUGCAUAUAGUGUGAUCUCAUCAACAUAUAACAUGGUUCAGUUUCUAUUAGCUUUGCUACAUGCAUACGCAGUGUGGUUUUUGAUGAUUGUUUUAAUUCUGUAGGAGUCUGGUUUGCCAUUUAUUUAUCUUAUUGUGGCUUUAACACAUCACUUUGUGGGAUUCAUUUUCAUCAUUCAGAUCGAAUCAUCCUGAUGAAACUCCAAUUGCUAUGUUUAGCUAGGAAAUAACAUAACAUUACAUUAGAUCAUAACAUGAUAACAUCCAGAGGCCUGUCAUCAACUUCGUUUCAGUGCAUGGACAUGGAAUGUUACUCUCAUGGUCUAUCACAUCGGUGUCAUUCUUCAGCAUUUCCCAUGUUGAUUAUCUAUCUCUGUUCUUACUUAGGCUGAUGAACAAGCACAUCCAUUUUGUCAGUUGUUGAAGUUGACACUUGAUCUGGCAUAUGAACAUAGACACUCCAGUACAUUGUAGGUUUAUAGUUGAGCAAAUAUGCAGGGACAAUCAGUAAAGAGAAAGCUGAGGCUCUCAAAUAAAGAAGUAUUUCACCUACAAAGUUGAGGUAAGACCAUAUUCUACCGUCCAGGAAAGGAGCCUGAAGCAGGAGUUCCAAAGAGCCUAACACGUUUUCAAUGGAGUCUACUUAUUUAUCCAAUGCAACUAUCUCUUCUCUAAUUGGUGUCACUGUGUCAGUGAGGCUUUAGGCUACACGACACUGGACAUGAAACCAGAAGCGAUUUUAGUGACUCUCUCUCGCUAUUGUGUGUUCUUUCAAGCAAGUUUCUCUUCCAUAUUCAUGAACUUACCUGUUCUUUGUCAUCUUUGGAUGCUUGCCAAAUCACAAGGAACUUUGUUUACAUGACAGAUUUUUGAGGUAUAAGUCUAUAAAGGCCUUGUUUUGAGAA